ACACACACACACACAAUAAGGGACAGAAUCCGAUGUAUGACAUGAUGUAUUAUCACCACAUCAUGGCUCUAAUGUUCUCCCUCUCUUUGCACACAGUUAUGUGAUCCUGUCCUUCGAGGGCAAAGCAGACUACAUGGAUAUGAAGCAGGGCGACAACACUCAGUACGUCCCCAUGCUGGAGAUGAGCGACGCCUCCAAGUACUCGGACAUCCAGAAGUCUGAGUACGACCACCCGCCCUCUCAGAAAGAGGACGAGAUGGACGACAUGAACGAGGGCCUCAGCACCACCGAUCUGCUCAGCUUCACCUACCAGGUGGCCAAAGGCAUGGAGUUCCUGGCUUCCAAGAAUUGUGUUCAUCGGGACCUCGCCGCCAGGAAUGUCCUCCUCUCUCAGGGAAAGAUCGUGAAGAUCUGCGACUUCGGACUGGCCCGAGACAUCAUGCACGACAGCAACUACGUCUCCAAAGGGAGUACUUUCCUGCCCGUGAAGUGGAUGGCGCCAGAGAGUAUUUUCGACAACAUGUACACCACUCUGAGUGACGUCUGGUCGUACGGCAUCCUGCUCUGGGAGAUAUUCUCCUUAGGUGGAACCCCAUACCCAGGCAUGGUGGUGGAUUCAAGCUUCUACAACAAGAUCAAGAGUGGAUACCGGAUGUCCAAACCGGAGCUUGCACCAGAUGACGUGUAUGAGAUGAUGAUGAAGUGCUGGAACAGCGAGCAGGAGAAGAGGCCUUCGUUCAUGGGUCUGAGUGACACGGUUUCUUCUCUGCUGCCCUCCAGCUACAAGAGGCAUUACGAGAGGGUGAACCACGAGUUCCUGAAGAGCGACCACCCGGCUGUGACUCGGGUGUGCGUGGAGAACGACGACACCUACGUGGGCAUCAGCUACAAGAACCAGGGCAAGCUGAAGGACCGGGAGAGCGGCUUCGACGAGCAGCGGCUGAGCUCCGACAGCGGCUACAUCAUUCCCCUCCCCGACCUGGACCCCAUAUCUGACGACGAAUACGGGAAGAGGAACAGACACGGGUAAAGAAAAGCAAACAUUCACCUCCACUGCUCUACCGGAUUUAACCGUGAUGUCUGUUAACUUGAUGUCUACUUGCAGUAAGUCACUUUGUACUUGCCCCUGUACACAUUGUUUUAACUAAACUCCUGUUUCCAGGAUAAGUACAUGUACGAAGUGAGAAACUGAUUUACUGAAGAACUGUUUACUUUCAUAAUGUCUUCUCUCGUUAUACAUUUUCAUCACAGCAACAUAAUCCUUGCAGAUUAAGCAAACACACUUCCCUUUUGACUCGUUCUCCCAACAUUUCAGGAUUCACUCGCUGUCCUUCGUCCGUUCAGUUCCAACAUGUUGCUCAUCAAGUGAAGUUAAAUGUUUUCAUCGACUAGCAAUCAAUGCAGGUCAAGUAGUUGUUCAAAAUGGCAGCGACAUCUAGUGUUUAAACGAAGAAGUGCAACGAGCUAAUUUAUUAGAGAUAUACUCAAGUUCAUACUUAAUAUUCUAGUUUACUUUUUAAAAAUUCACCGCGGGCCGCUUAACAACAGGCAGUGGGCCUAAGAUGGAAGUUAGAUUUACUGGCCUGACUGUAGACUGACUGUAAGAAGUGAACGUAAUCACAGUGACUUCACAAAUCUACGACUUUAAAGCCUUGAGUUCAGCAUUUUGUCUGUCGCCAUCUUGUUUUUUUGUGACAUUAGAGGGCAG